AUGUCUCAAGUCACGAAUACUACCACUGGUAUCAGUAACAAUAAUAAUAACAAUACCAAUACACCAUGGAAUAGAACUCCUGGUAAACCUGGCGUUGGCACUGGUGGUACUACUGGUUCCUAUCCUACGUUUUCCACACCUUCAACUGUUCCUUGGUCUGCGACUAGAAAUGAUGUCGAUUUGAUACAAGAACGUGGUCAAACUGAAGAUUCAGGUGACAAAACUCAAUCUUUUCGUGCUUUAGCAUCCUAUGCUAAUUCAAAGAAUUCAGAUACAACUGUUAUCUGUACUACUGGUCAAAUGUGGCCUCCUCCAAUCUUUGAUUCAUCUAGACUUUCAGAACGUAGUGUAGGAGGCUAUAUAUCUCAGGAAUCAUCAUCGUAUGCAACAACAACUGAUAACCAGUGGGGAACCACACCUUUUUCAGGUCAAACAGCUGCAACUGCUGGCUCUCUUUUAGGCUCACCUAAUUCAUUUCCCAAUAUUAAUCACACGCAAACUCUUAAUCCUAACCCAUGGUCUUUCGAUAAUUCAAAUAAUUGUUCUUAUACACCUCGAGCAAUUACUGGUCAACAAUUGAAUGUAACCCUUGCAACUACACCUCCAGAAACAUCUAAUUCAGAGCAUACUACACGUCGAUAUAUGCACUGGACGUUGGGAAGUGAACAUGACUUGUUGAAUGAUGACCGAUCUGGAUUAGCUUUCCCUCUAUCAAAUAUUAAUAUCAACAAUAAUGAUGAUGGUGAUAAUGAUAAUCAUAAUUCGGUCACUGGGUUUUGCAGUCAAUCGGAGUUUAUUGGAAAUCAAGCACUUACUGCAAGUAUGAAUACCAGUGCUCGUGGUGGCAGCAAAUUAUCAGAGUUAGAUGUAGGGAAAAGUGUUUCAAAGAAGUCAGGUUCAGACAUUGAUACCUUCGCUUGUGAUACUGAGGAAGCUAUUCGUACAGCUGUUAAUACUACAGAACCAUGGGGUAUUCAUCCGGUUGAUCAAAGCACACCAUGGAAUUGUUCUGAAGCAAAUGGUGAUUGCCUACCAAUACAUUCCUCUGCACCUGAGACAGGAUCUCCACCUGCUAAUGAAGCGUCAAUUGGAUCACGAAUUUCAGGUAACAAUCCACCAAGUACAGUGUCAAAUAUUCAAUCAUCGUGCGCCCAAUCAUCUUUGCACCCCAGACGUCUUAGUUCAACUAAUGCUUCAGUAAGCAGAGAUCUGGAAUCAAAUGUUUGGCCAAGUGAACCUCCUAACGGCACAGGGAUUUGGGAAUCGCACUAUGAAAGUCUUGGCGAAAGAACUGCUAGGUGGCACCAAAGUACCAACUCCACACAAACAUCUCAGCCUUCAUUUUCAUCUCAUCCUAUAAAUCAGGCUAACUUCGCCACCAGUCAAAUGUCACAUCCUCCUAUCAGAUCUCGCCCCCAACAAGGCCAGCUUCCACCAACUACAGAGAGUUUUCGUGGAAUAAAUCGUCCAAUCCCAGGGACCAUAUUUCCUUUAGGUCAACCACCUCCAAGCUCUAAUGUUAUGAAUUUGGGUACAAGACCAAUUUUUGGAGGGAAUCACUCACUUGGAUCUGUAAACAGUAAUGUGGGAACCACUGGUCAGUCUAGAGGUUUUCCAAUGACUGCUCCGGUGAAUCUUGGAUCCGGAGUCUCUUGGCCUUAUUCUCCUGCAACUCAUCCAGGUGAUCCUGCUGUUCCAGGACUUAAUUUUGGUAAUAAAUCUCGGUGGCCUGGUCCAACUAUGAAUCGUUUACCUGGUGGCAAGCAACAACAUCCGUCGUCCCAUAUUUUACCAAACAUGACUUCCACUGGUUUAAGAUGGCCUCCUGGUGCGACAACUCCACAAAUGCAAGGUGUAUGGCCACUGACAGACCAAAGACGUCCGGGUACAAUGCAAGGCCCAUUAUGGCCAACCAGUACUUCUGGAAUGGAAAAUAAUCCUGGCGGAUUUUUCAAUCAACCCACUCAGAGCAUAACACCUCGAGUGUCUCAACAGAUCAGUGGUUCAGAUUUUCCUUCGUCACUAGCUCCUACUCGUGGUAUAAAUCAAGCAUUUAGAACGCCACAGAGUGCCUUCUAUUCAGCCAUGACUCCCGGUUUUACAUCUUCAUCCAUGUCUCAGCGUAUGUUUAUGAGCCCUCAACAACAUUCGCUCCAAUUACAACAACAGAGUGUGAUUCGUGCUCAUGUAAUGCGUCAACUUUUUAGUCUGGGUUUUUCAGAGGAUGAAAUACAACCUGUAUUCGCUGAUACAAAUACGAGUGUUGAACGAGCUUUGGUUGAUUUGCGUGACCGAUCAGGUCAUCCAGGCAUUGAUGAGUUGAUCAAUUCUCUGAAGCCUAUCACUGCUAGUCUUUUGCCUUCCCACAAUCCAGAUGAUGGUAAUAAUCUGUCUUGUCGAUUAGAUAUGCCUGGGCAAGGUUCAACAUCCGGUCGGCCUAUUACUGUAAGAGGAGGAAGUGAAGUAUCAAAAUCGAAUAUGCCAGUCAAUAGUCAACCUGCAGAGAACUUGGAAUUGUCCUUACACUUACUUCAACAACGUGAAUCACAGAUUCUUCAAACAAUUGUUCAACUUCAUUCCAAGCAUCAAGAAUUAAACCAGAAACUGUCUCAUAUACGAUCAGCAAAUGUGCCAUUUGCAACUAAUCCAGUGAUUCAAGAACUACAACUUCAAGCAUUUCAAGUUGCUCAGCAGAUUGAUGCACAACAAGCUCAACUUAAACAUGUUCGUAGUCAAGCUGGUAUGCUGAAACAAAUCACUGUUACGGCUAAUUUACCUAAUCCUAAUCCAUCACAGAAUCAUCCCACAGGUCCACUUUCACUAUCCAUGGGUCAACCAUCUUCAAACUUACAUAGCAUUUCUACUUUAGCAUCGAAUUGUGGUCCAUUGAAUUUGUUGACUAAUUCAUCAUGGUCAUCUGUCCCAGCUCAAAGUGGACCUUUAGGCAGUACAAAGUCAAAUCAACCUUCAAAUAUUCCUCACACAAUCAGUGGGAAUGAAAAUCCUGAUUUUACCCAAGAACAAUCUAAUUUCAAUAUGAAUUCGUUAUUGUGGGAAUCUAGUCCUUGGUCAGGAUCUAGUCCUCAUCUCAAUGAAAAUUUCUCCACUAAUCGAAGUAAUCUAUCAACGGAUAGACGUUGGACUCCUGGUGUUGGUGGUGGUGGUAGCAGUAGUUCAUCAAAUAGUAGACUGCCUUUCCUGUCUUCUCAGCUUCCUCCACUUGGUGAUCCAAGAUGGAUCGAUAUUGUUGGUGAUGUAAACAGCUCUGCAAGUGAUACAAGACGGCAAUCAAGUGUUGGUGAAGUAGAUGAAAUACGUGGUGGUAGUGGUGGUGGGAGUAUAGAUUUCCCCAUUAUUCCUAUAUCUGUAUCAUCGAAAUCAUGGUUGCUAGCUCAUAACAUUCCACCUCAUGUAUCAGUUGGUAUGCUGAAAAUGACUGUCUCCUCUGCACUCAGUAACCAUAUCAAGUCAUCAGAGUCAUCAGCACAUGAUAAAUCCGGUGAUAGUAGAAUGAAUGAGCCUGAUUUUGAAUUUCAUCCAAAUAUGUCAGCUAGAUGGGUUUUACUAGGAUUAUACAAUUCUACUCAGGCUUCUGUUGUCCAUAAUAGUUUGGAGGCUGCAAGUAGUAGUGGACAUCCAAAUGGUUAUUAUGGUUCGGUUAAAUUAAUUACACCCGCUGAAGCACUUCUUCACUUACAAGAUAUUCAGUCCCUAGCUUCUCGCCUGAAAGGUCUCAAUACCGAUGGAUGCCUGUCGUCUGCAUCGUCUAAUAUUCAUUCCGUGUCUCAGUCAAGUAUAAUUGGAUGUGAUUUCAGUGGUAAUUCACGUGGUGAUUUAUCUGGAACAAGUAAUUUAUUAAUUGGAUUGAAUACUGUCAAUAAUAACAAUAGUUCUGAAGUCAGAAACACUGAUUUAGCUGCAAUGUGA